UUGGAGACAAAGCUUCCUUCCCGUUUUCCUUGAUAUAGAUCACAGGGCAAAAGCUCGAAGUCCGAUUCAGAAGAACUAAGAAAAGGGUUUCUUUCUGAUUGAAUCGUCCGAAACACAGAGAAGAUGAGCAGAGGAAGCGGCGGUGGGUACGAUCGCCACAUCACUAUCUUCUCUCCGGAGGGUCGUCUCUUUCAAGUGGAAUAUGCCUUCAAGGCGGUGAAAGCAGCUGGUAUCACUUCGAUCGGUGUUCGAGGGAAGGAUUCAGUUUGCGUCGUCACCCAGAAGAAAGUCCCGGACAAGCUCUUAGACCAGUCUAGUGUCACUCAUUUGUUCCCAAUCACCAAGUACCUCGGAUUGUUAGCCACUGGCAUGACAGCCGAUGCGAGGUCCUUGGUUCAACAAGCUAGGAAUGAGGCUGCUGAUUUUCGAUUCCGAUAUGGAUAUGAGAUGCCCGUUGAUAUUCUUGCUAAGUGGAUUGCUGAUAAGUCACAGGUCUACACUCAACACGCUUAUAUGAGACCCCUUGGAGUCGUUGCCAUGGUUUUGGGUAUUGAUGAAGAGAAAGGACCUCUUCUUUACAAGUGUGAUCCGGCUGGACAUUUUUACGGUCACAAGGCAACGAGCGUUGGAAUGAAGGAGCAAGAAGCAAUCAAUUUCUUGGAGAAGAAAAUGAAAGAGAACCCUGCUUUCACAUAUGAUGAAACAGUGCAGACUGCAAUUUCUGCUCUGCAAUCCGUUCUUCAAGAAGACUUCAAGGCUACCGAAAUUGAGGUUGGAGUUGUAAGAGCGGAUAGUCCUGUCUUCCGUGCAUUGACGACUGAGGAGAUCGACGAGCACUUGACCGCCAUUAGUGAGCGAGACUGAUAAGUGUAUUCCCCCAUUAAAAAACUAUGUUCCGGGUUCGAUUAAUAGUUUGAGAAAUCUGUGUUCCGGACAUAGCCCUGAUCACGUAUGCUUAAGAUCAUUUCGGACAUUUUCGUCUUCUUUAUCAUAUGCAAGAAAGAUUGAUGGGGCAGAGAACUUGUUUUGGUUAAGGUCAUAUUCCAUCUCUCCAGUGGUA